GUCAAGUCAUUAUUCAACUAUAUGAUAAGCUUAUGCUUCUCAGAUAGUCGACUAGUCACUUACAUCCAUACUCAUCAGUGAGGGUUUUUUUUUUCCUCACGUGUGUGGGGCUCCUGACUGAUUUUUCUGCGGGUCAGUGGCCCCUGACACACAAAAGGUUCCCCAGCCUUCAUUUAAGGGCUUCAGUGCAUUUGAGGUUAAUCCCAAGUGUUGCUUUGUAUGCAUACAAGACUAUAGGUUGCAUAGAACUGUUUAUUUUCUCAUAAGAUUCUACAUAAUUUUCUUCACUGAUCCAUAUUUCAGUCCCUCAAUUUCACUAUGCCAGUGGCUACUGUGCUGGUAUGUUGCUCUGAUGUUUUGGUUUGUGUUUGCUUUGGGAUUUUUAUUUUAGUGCACAUGCUGCUGUUUGUAAGAGAAGACAAGGUCAAAGAAGUGCAUCGUGUACUUGGAACCAGAGAAGCACCAGAAAGAUUCCAGUGAGAAUUGGAGAGCUGAAGAGGUAGUGAAAAAAGAAGUUGCUGUUUCCAUUCCAUGGAUCCUUUGGGUGCUCCUUCCCAGUUUGUGGAUAUUGAUUCUCUGCCAGGCUGGAAUGGCUACUGUGAAGCAGACCAACCGGACUCCCACAAAACUCCUGUUGAAAAACCCCAACUUGAUGUUAGAUCACCUUUCCCGUACAGGAAAGACAUAAAUGCAAAAAUAAUAUUAUGGAAAGGAAAUGUAGCAUUACUGAACUGUACAGCCAUAGUAAACACCAGCAAUGAGUCUCUCUCAGAUAAGAAUCCAGUAUCUGACAGCAUCUUCAUGCAUGCUGGCCCUGACCUGAAGGAUGAACUCCAGAAACUCAAAGGAUGCCGGACAGGGGAGGCAAAACUGACAAAAGGGUUUAACUUGGCUGCACGAUUCAUUAUUCACACUGUAGGACCCAAAUACAAGAGCAAAUAUCGCACAGCAGCUGAGAGCUCCCUGUAUAGCUGCUACCGCAAUGUUCUACAGCUUGCAAAGGAACAGGCAAUGUCCUCAGUGGGAUUCUGUGUCAUAAAUUCUGUGAAAAGAGGCUAUCCUUUGGAAGAUGCAACCCACAUAGCACUGCGCACAGUCAGAAGGUUCCUGGAAAUUCAUGGAGAAACCCUGGAGAAGGUGGUAUUCGCAGUCUCUGAGCUUGAACAGGCCACUUACCAGAAGCUGCUGCCUCUGUAUUUUCCAAGGUCAUUGGAAGAAGAAUGCCAUUGCUUACCUUGCCUUCCUGCAGAUAUUGGCAAUUCAGAAGGGGAGCCAGUAGUACCAGAGCGGCAAAUCAGGAUCAGUGAAAAACCUGGUGCUCCAGAUGAUUACUCAGACGAGGAGGGGCUAGAAGCAGACCUUUCGUUCAUUGGUUCCCACGCGUUUGCCCGCAUGGAAGGAGAUGUGGACAAGCAGAGGCGCCUCAUCCUUCAGGGGCAGUUAUCAGAGGCGGCACUGCAGAAACAGCAUCAGAGAAAUUACAAUCGCUGGCUGUGCCAGGCAAGAGCUGAAGACCUAUCUGACAUUGCUUCUCUCAAAGCCUUGUACCAGACAGGUGUGGAUAACUGUGGUCGCACAGUGAUGGUGGUAGUUGGAAGGAAUAUUCCUGUAACGCUGAUAGAUAUGGAAAAGGCUCUCUUGUACUUCAUCCAUGUCAUGGACCAUAUUGCAGUGAAGGAGUACGUCAUAGUAUACUUCCACACGCUCACUAGCGAUUACAAUCAUCUGGACUCCGAUUUCCUGAAGAAACUGUAUGACGUCGUUGACAUCAAGUACAAGCGAAAUUUGAAAGCAGUGUACUUCGUCCACCCAACAUUUCGCUCAAAGGUCUCAACAUGGUUUUUCACAACCUUUACAGUCUCAGGGCUAAAGGACAAAAUCCACUAUGUAGAAAACCUUCAGCAGUUGUUCACAGCCAUACCCCCCGAACAGAUUGACUUCCCUCCUUUUGUCCUUGAAUACGAUGCCAGGGAAAAUGGGCCUUACUAUUCUUCUUACCCUUCAUCCCCUGACCUGUGAUCUGCAGCCCUGCAAAACUGCUGGUUUCCCAUGGAUCCGAUGACCAGAUGCCUGCCAAUACCAUGUGCAUUUGUCCAUGUACAGAAUUCAGAGAAAGGGUUUUCCUCCCAGCUCUCUGGUAUUUUUUUACUGAUGAGAUAUUUUCAAGCACACAAGCAAUCAGAGAACUUUAUGCCACUGUGAACUGUACUGCUAUUUCAGAUCUAUAUUUAUCCAAAGGAAAAGUUGAUUUCAGGAUCAUUUGGUGGAUUUUAUUUUCUUCUUCUUUUGGAAGGUAUUGAGUUUUAUGCCUGAAUUGACUUUUUUGCUGUCCCAGAAAACCAUCAGACACACUUCAAUCACGUUUUUACUUAAUAUUACAAGUUUCAAGCUCCAUGUAUAAUACCCUGGUUUACAAAUGAUGUACAGUACUAGCCUGAUCCCAUG